AUGGAAAAAAUGCUUUCUUUCAAAGAGAAGUUAAAUUUUACCAAAUGUAAAUGGACUCUGAAGAUUAGAAUUCUUAUUUAUGUUAUGAGAAAAUAGUUUUUUUUAAUUUCUGAAAUCUACAUCUUGAGGAAAUCAUUUAACGCUGAUUGGAUCAUUAUGAGUCAAUGGUUCACAUUCGAUUAAUUACUGUUUUGAACUUUGUUUGAUCAAGCCAGUAGCCAGAGCCACAACAAUAUUUACAUUUUUAUAAAACAUUAAAUGACUAAAAUUUCAGAUAUGCAAUCUCCAGCUCUUCAUAAUCAAAUAAACAAAAACCGGUCACAUUGAGUCAAGAAAGACGAAUGUUAUCAUUUGCAAUUUAUGACAAAUAAGUAAAUUAAAUAAGAUUUUUGAAUUUGGGGUGCGCGAUAGACUUACCUCCACGUGGUGCACCCUGGACAACGUAUCUUCGUACGGCAAAAAAGUCUAUCACUCGGCAUUCGAUUUUGACUUCGAUUUAUUACAACCUUGGGGGAAGCUGAAGUCAAAGUUUAAGGGCUAAUGAUAAUUAUCUUAAAGCCUGCCAUUUGAAAUAAAUAAAUGAAUUUUUGAAUUGGUUAACUAAAGCUUUCCGAAACACAGCAUUGUGGCUGUAAAAGGUGUAAGUUAGACUUUAGUUGGAUUAGUGAAAUGUUUACCAGAAUGGCAUGACAAUAUUUGUUAACAGGCGACUAAUUCUUAGAAAACUCUAAAAGUCUGCUUAAAUUCCUGCGUCUUGUAGCUGAAAAAAUUCAACGGAUCUGAAAAUUUUUUGGAACUAAACAGGGUUGGAAAAUUUUUUUGACAUUUAACUUUGCCCUUAUUAUAUGAGAAAAGGGAUAAAUUUUAAAUAAAUAGCCAAAAUUUGAUCCUACGUUAAAAUAGUCUCUGUGUAAACCUUAUUUUAACCGUUAAAUGACAUCGCCAAAACUAAAUUCACGUUCGUCAUUGAAAUGGUUAUUUCCGUUAGCUAUAUUCAAUUCCUAUGUUGAGAAGCCAUUACCAACUGCACAAUAGGAACUGUAAAACUUUUUAUGCAAAUAUGUUUGGAUCCCUUCGUUUACUAACAAAAAAACGAACUUCUGAAAGAAAAGUAAAGAUCUAAAAGGACAUUUAUUUGUGAUGAAAUAGAGGCUUGAACUAGAUUCGUCUAUGGUAGAAGAAAGAUGAUAUCGGUGAAGAACCAAUCAAAUCAAACGUACCUAUAUUUAUUUCAUUUAAAUCGUUUGA